AUGCAGAGCUUCCUGCAGCUGCUGAGGGGAAACGGGGGCCCCAGCCUGCCCUUGCCGGAGCUGGUGACCCUCGCAGGCAGGCUGUGCCGGGACCUGCAGGAUGACCCCACCCAGGUGCAGCCCUUGGUCACAGCCGUGCUGGACAGCCAGUUCCGCCUGUACCUCUUGGACAAUGCGGAUGUGGCCCUGGUGUGCGCCAGCGUGCUGGCCCAGCGAGAGCAGCACCAGGCCGCUUGCCGGCUGCUGGAGGGGUGCCAGGUGCCGGGCGGCAGCCCCAAGCUGGUGCAGCUCUGGAAUGACAUCCACUACCGUCUGGCCAUGAAGAGGCUCGGUGUGUCCACGCUGACACCGGUGCAGAAGUUCCGGUGCAGGAAGAGGAAUCCACCACCUGCCUCCCUCUGCCCUAAUGGCCUCAAGAGCCGGAACUUCCCCAGAGAAGUUCGCCAGAAGCUGGAGGACUUUGCCUCGGGCGUGAGCACCAACCCCAGCAAGGCCGAGCGGGAGGACCUGGCCUCUGAGACACACCUGACCACGGAGCAAGUCUACAACUGGUUUGCCAAUUACCGGCGGCGCCAGAGGGCCUUGAUGCAGCGUGCAGCGCCAGCCCCAGACUCAGCAGAAGACCUCACGUCGGGGGAGGCGAGUCGGCACCUCCCCCCGCAGCCAACAGACCACCCCCACCUUGGCUCUGGGCUUGUGGACAGGCCUCAGUGGUCAACAGGACCUGAGAAAAGUGGGCCUCUACAGACCCUGGAGACCACUCAAGGGCCGUGGGAGCCGCUGGCUCUGACCCCAGACUUCUCUGGAGACGAGACUAUGCCCAAGUCACUGGCUCCCAGGUCUCUGCAGGGUGGUGAGAUACACCAGGAGGGACCUAACCAUGAUCCUGCCACUCUGCCCCCUGUCUGCUCUGGCCCUGGUCUCUGUCCUCUGGUUGCUGCCAACGAUAUGCUGGACCCCUCUCUGGCUGCCCCUGAGUCGUGGCUGAUGUCUCUCGCACUGGCAUCCUCCAAGGAAGUUUCCUUCCAGACUGGGCAGCUGAUCCACAGUCGUGGGCUGGACGUCACCAUGCGCCCUACCGACGCUGCUCUGGCUGUGUCCUUUGCUGCCCUCAGGGAGCCCAGCCCCACAGGAUUCGCUGACCCUCCCAGCAUCAACCCCCAGGGCACAUACCUGGAGGAGGAUCCGGGUUCCUGCGGUAGCCAAUCAGAACAACAGGCGGGCAACCUUCGGGUGACCCAGCCUCCAGCACAGGCUCCCAAUUUCAUCCUCACCCAGAGUCCCUCAGACCUGACUCCGGCCCCACCAGGCUUCCCUGGCCCCAUGUCUGCCGUGGAGCUGGGCCAGCCCCCUCCCUCCAGCCAGGUGCAGUGGUCUGAUGAGCAGACCUCCAGCGACGCCUUCUGGGGAGCCAGGAUGCUCCUGGAGCUUUCAGCGGGUAGCCUGGGCUGA